AUGGAGGCUGAAAAGAACUUUAAGGUCGUGCUCCUUGGUGAGGGUUGUGUUGGAAAGACCUCUAUAGUGCUUAGAUACAUCCAGAAUACGUUCAAUGACAAACAUCUCAUGACACAACACGCUGGAUUCUUUCAAAAGAACAUCAACAUGGCUGGCAAGAGAGUGUGUUUAACUAUAUGGGACACUGCUGGUCAAGAGCGAUUCCAUGCUCUUGGCCCAAUAUAUUACAGAGGUUCUCAAGGUGCAUUGGUAGUUUAUGAUAUUACAGACAACGACUCAUUUAUAAAGGCAAAGAAUUGGAUUAAGGAGCUGAAGGCAAUGCUAGGCAACGAUAUAGUAUUAUGUAUAAUUGGUAACAAGUGCGAUCUGGAGAAGACCAGAGUCAUAUCAUUGGAGGAGGCAGAGGCAUACGCCGCAUCCGUCGGCGCCAAGCAUUAUAGCACAUCAGCCAAGCUCAACAAAGGAGUCGAGGAACUCUUUUUGGACUUGUCAAAGAGGAUGCUGUCCAAGAACACUACAUCCACUCCUGGAGCAUCAAACUCGGCAUCGACCUCCAAUCGAUCAGAAAGGAUUCCAAUUGUUCCAGAGUCAACAGAGACGAAGGAGUCCUGUUGCUCCAAAUAG